AUGCAGAGCUUCCUGAGGCUGCUGAGGGAGAGUGGGGGCACUGGGCCCCCCUUGGAGGGGCUGGUGACUCUUGCAGGCAGACUGUGCCGCGACCUCCAGGAUGACCCAGCCCAGGUGCAGCCCUUGGUCACUGCUGUGUUGGACAGUCCCCUCCGCCUGCACCUCCUGGACAAUGCGGAUGUGGCCCUCGUGUGUGCCCGAGCGCUGGCCCAGCAGGACCAGCACCAGGCUGCCUGCCGCGUCCUGGAGGGAUGCCAGGUGCCCGGAGGCAGCCAGGAGCUGGUCCAGCUCUGGAACGACCUUCACUACCAUCUGGUCAUGAAGCGGCUGGGCGUGGCCACGCUCACCCCAGUGCAGAAGUUCCGCUGCAGAAAGAGGAACCCACCACCGCCCUCCCUCUGCCCCGACGGCCUGAAGAGCCGGAACUUUCCCAGAGAGGUUCGCCAGAAGCUGCACGACUUCGCCUCUGCCGUGAGCACCAACCCCAGCAAGGCCGAGAGGGAGAACCUGGCCUUGGAGAUGAGCCUGAGCGCGGAGCAGGUGUACAACUGGUUCGCCAACUACCGGCGGCGCAGAAGGGCCCUUCUCCAGCGUCGUCCGCCAGCUCCGGAGGACGCGGCGGUGGACCUCCGCGUGAGGGAGACGGCUCCGGAGCCCCCGCAGCCCCCGGGCCAGCCCCGCCUUGGCCCCGGGGGUGCGGCCCGGCCUCAGUGGCCAGCAGGACCGGAGGAAGAUGGACCUGCACAGUCCGGGGAGACCACUCAAGGGCCAUGGGAGUCGCUGGCUCUGGCCCCAGACUUUUCUGGAGAUGAGACUCUGCCAAAGCCAUUGCCUCCCAGUGGCAACCCCCCGAGCAUGUACCUGGAGGAAGGUGCAGGCACCAGCGGCGGCCAGGCAGAACAGCAGGCCGGCGGCUUCCUGGUGACACAGCCUCCCGAAUUCCUCCUAGCCCAGAGUCUGCUGGAGUUGGCACCGGGCCCUUCCUUCUCUAGCCCUGUUUCUGCUGUGGACCUGAGCCAGCCCGUGCCCUCUAGCCAGGUGCAGUGGCCCGACGGCCAGGCCUCCAGUGAUGCCUUCUGGGGAGCCAGAAUGCUUCUUGAGCUUUCAGGGGGCAGCCUGGGUUGAGAUGUCCCUUUGGGGUAUCCAGCCAAUGCCCCCUGGGGAGCAGGUGUGGACAUCGAGCGUUUCAACACAUGUUGCAUAGAGCUUUAUUCCGACUGAAGAGAGGCCCCAGGGUUCCUUCAGGGGGUUCCAGUGGGAAGCACUGAGGCUGCGUAGCCCCCUGCCGUGUUUGCGUAGUUUGGUUGGCAGCUCACUGUAUCAGAGGAAGCAUUUGAGAAACGCUCUUGAGCUCAGAAGUCCAAGGGGUCUGUUUCACUCAGGCAGUGGGAGAUUGUGGAUUCGAGCUCCUGGGCAUGUAGGUUAUGGGCAGGGAAGGCCUUUCUGGAGAUAAAGGAGAAUGUUGCACGGCUGUCUGCCCUCCCUGCCCUAUGACAAGGCCGAACUUCACCCAGCUAAGUUGGCGAGUGGGGUGUGGGCAGUGUUGUGACACUUCUCUGUCUUGGGGGUGAUGUGGUUGGGACGGCUCAGGCAGGGUGGGCCAGGGUGCCUUUUCCCUGCAGGUUGGAGUUCACUGUGUUUGUAAAACAGAUGUUCUGUUGAAUUAAAUUACAAUUCAGUG